AUGGCGGAUGCACCUCUUUACAAGCAGCGUCGCAGGUACACCAGGGAGCUCCACGACGUCGAUCUCCACGGCAACCACAAGCUCCACGUUGUUUGCACAAGCAAGGGUGAAGACGUGGACAAGAUGCUGUCCACGCUCAGGAGGAAGCUCGGCGGAAUGCCCGUCAAACUAGUCGCAUUGAUGCCAAUGGAAUUAGAUAAAUUCCUCAUGAAUGGUGAGUACACCUUCAUCGGAUUCGCCAUUGAAGGAGACAAAAGCAAGCUGAAGCUAUCUGGUUUGGAGAUCAACUCCGACAACUACAUUGAUAUUCAGGUGGAAUGGAGAGACCCAUACAAUAAAAAGAAGUUUGACUCUUUGGCUAAUGUUGCUAGCAGGAUGAUAGACAUUCACUACCAUGACAUGAAGAAAAAAAUUAACCGCAAGGAGGACCAUACUCUGUGGGGAUUCAACCCACUGCCAGAAAAGCUUAUCGAGUAUGCAGCAAUAGAUGCAUUCGCAACAUAUGAGUCAUGGAGAAUCAUCUACGAUGUCAUCAUGGGACUGGACAGGGCAAAAAGAGACAAAGAAGCAAAGCAGAAGAAGAACAAGGCUGUAAUCUAA